UAGCAUCUAUCCUGAAGCUGGAGGUACAUUCAUGAAAGCAAAGAUCAGUCCUGAGGAGAAACAUCAUUUAUAUAUCUCAGAAGCUGAACUACAGAUGCAUCAAGCACGGACUCCGUUGUGGGCAAAACCUGAGAUAUACUUUCAGUGGAAGCCACGAAUAUGGAUGAAACAAAUGCUGCUUGGGGGGAAAUUGAAAUCGAAAGAAUUCCAACUCGCAUGAUUGAAGCAAGGUCAAGAGGCUUGGUUCCAGUUUUUGACUAUCUUCCGAUUCCCAAAAUACAACAAACAAGGAACCCUGCUCUAGAUAGCAAUAUCAAUGGGCAACUUCAGCAUCAGAGGUCUGGGCUUUCUGCUAACAGGAGGCUUUCAGGUGGGAGCAGCUCUGGCUCUCUUGACUCUAUGACUGAUGGUGGUGCUCCAGUGGUAGAAUUUCACAAUGGCAUUGAAGAAACUGAAUCUGAUGGUUCUCAAAUGCCAGUAGAAACCAAGGGCUUUGUAUUUAAUAACGACAGCCCAAAAACAAAGGCUCGGCUUGAGAUUGUAAAUAAUAGAGAGAGCUUAAAAAUGGAGGCUCAACUCAAGUUUGUAAAUAGUAACAAGGCAGGCCUGAAAAUGGAGAAUCAUUUUGAAGAUGAAGGUGGUGAGUUUGAUUAGAGCUUUGACUGAGUUAACAUUAUAUUCCCUUUUUUCUCCUCAGGUGUGCAGAUAUUCUUUCAUUCUCCUGUGGGGUAAUCAUUAACAGUCUUAAUAUAGUGGGUGGAAAUUUAGAAAAUAGUGUGAUGUAGAAUUGUGAAUACUAUGCUGUUGGGGUUUCAUCUACUGUUGACUUUUGUAAAUAAAACGUACAAUAUAUUUUCAAUAAUCAGUUAUGAUAUGUAAAUAAUAGCAUCAUGUAAUAACUCUCUCUCUCUUUCUUUAUUCUAUUAAUUC